CACUCACUCACUCACUCACUGAGCUGCUGUAUAUUGCUCCCCGGCUUCAACACAGCAGCAAAGCAUGUCAGAGCCGGAGUGAAGGCAGCAAUGAACCCAACCAACAGCACUGAGCCACAGGAGGAACACCUCUUCAGUCCCAACACCUACAAACUUCUGGCAGUCAUCAUAGGCACCAUAGGCAUCGUCGGCUUCUGUAACAAUAUCCUUGUGCUGUUGCUGUACUACAAGUUCAAGCGGCUCAGGACUCCCACUAACCUCCUGCUGGUGAAUAUCAGUGUCAGUGAUCUGCUGGUGUCCGUCUUUGGACUCAGCUUCACGUUCGUGUCCUGCACACAGGGCCGAUGGGGUUGGGACUCUGCAGCUUGUGUGUGGGACGGGUUCAGCCACAGCUUAUUUGGAACCGUGUCAAUCGUGACGCUGACAGUCCUGGCAUAUGAGCGCUACAUUCGUGUGGUGAAUGCGAAGGCGACCAACUUUCCCUGGGCUUGGCGUGCGAUCACCUACACCUGGUUCUACUCACUAGCCUGGUCUGGGGCACCGUUAGUUGGCUGGAACAGAUACAGUCUGGAGCUACACAGACUGGGCUGCGCAGUGAACUGGAUCUCCAGAGACCCCAAUGAUACAUUAUUUGUGCUCUUUUUCUUCCUGGGCUGCCUGGUUGUCCCUGUUGGAGUUAUGGCUUAUUGCUAUGGGAAUGUUUUAUACACCAUACGGAUGCUCCGUACUGUUCAGGAUCUUCAGACAGUGCAAGUCAUGAAGAUACUGAGAUAUGAGAGGAAGGUGGCAAAAAUGUGCUUCUUAAUGAUCUCCACCUUCUUAAUCUGCUGGAUGCCCUAUGCUGUGGUCUCUUUCAUGGUGGCUUAUGGUUACACUGAUGUAAUCACCCCUGCGGUAGCCAUUGCUCCCUCAUUUAUUGCCAAAUCAAGUACAGCAUAUAAUCCUAUCAUUUAUAUCUUCAUGAGCAGAAAGUAUCGACGAUGUCUAUCACAACUAUUUUGCUCUCACCUAAUGAGUCUCCAGUGGUCAAUAAAAGACCCCAGCUCCAAAGCCCGAAACGACAUGCCAGUGAAGCCCAUUGUCCUAUCGCAGAAAGGUGACCGGCCAAAAAAGAGAGUGACUUUUAGCUCAUCUUCAAUCGUUUUCAUCAUCACCAGUGAUGAUACUCAGGAACUUGGUAGCAUUGCUGGGAGCAACGCCACGCAAAUCAGCAUCGUUCAAGUGCAACCAUUGUGAGUGGGAAUAGCUUUGAGAGACAAUCAGGGCAGGUGGGUUUAGGUGUCAGUGUGACUCACUCGGCUGCGAAUGACACUUCCUUCGUCAUUUUAAGUCUCAUUCGUGAGUCUCGUUCAUGACACGCUGCCUUUUCAAUAGGGAUCUUUAGGUCAGUGUUUCCCAAUUUGUACCGUAAAUACAUGGAAUUUUUUGGUGAAAGUUAGUCA